UCUUGCCGUUGCCGCCCACCGCCGUCCGCCUACCCGCCCGUCCGUCCGUCCGCGAGCGUGGCCGUUGCCGAAAUGUCGAACAGCGUCGAUGAGAUCUCCCCCGAGGUUAUCGAGAACACCGCGCGCCAGAUCGAGGCAAUUCAGCAGCAUCAGCAGCAGCAACAGCAGCACCUGCAUGCCGUCCCCCACCACUCCCAUACGCCCCAGGUAGCGCCUCCUCCUCCCCCGCACCCCCACGCCAUCCAGGACCAGGUCAUGCACCCUCCGCCUCAACAGCAAGGCCCCCCACAACCUGAGCACCAUUCCGGGGCUCCCACGAGCAGUAGCGGGCGAAAACUUCGUCGCGCGUGUGUCGCAUGCCAUGCUGGCAAGACCCGGUGCAGCGAAUCCCUCCCGUGUCAGAGCUGUUUAAAGCGCGGUCUCGGCGCGACCUGUGCAUACCCUGACCCCGACAACUCGCAAUCGCCGCAAGAUGCGAGCAGUUCGGCGUCCGCCGCACCACCCUUUCAACCUCCGCCGAUGUACACGACGCUGCAGAGCAACACUAUGCAGCAGCAGCCGUACUACGACUACAACGGUCAGUACACCGGCGCCUCCACCUCCACCUUCCGGCCCAAUAAACGACCCCGCAACCUUACCGAGGAAGAGGCUGCCGCCAUUACUCGCAACUUCAGCCGCGGCGACUUCUUCGUCGGCAACAGCGCACCCGUGCGCAUCGACCCGCGUCUCCCUGUUCGUCUCACACUCGGCGAGGGCGAUCACGUUCACUUCACAGUCGGCGAGGCGCUGGUCUAAUGGAGGUGAUGUGCGGUACCGCUGUAAUGAACAACAGUGUCAUGACUGGGAUCGACGACCUACAGACAGGGCGCACGCGCCCGGUCUGUUGUACAAUAUAGUGACGUCUUGGGCUCCGUUCCGUUAUUGGUUUCCCCGCGAUCGUGUCCUCGUAGCAUCCUCGUUGCUUUGCUGUACUGUGUGUAAUUGUGUCCGUCUGAUCUAUCUAUUGGUCUCUGAAUCCACA